UGGGAGCAGAAGGUUCUGGUAGCGCUGCAGAUAUACAAGAAGCUGUACGGAGACCUUCUCGUGCCAAGGCCGUUUGUGGUUCCUACCGGAGAUGAGCGGUGGCCUUCAAAGACGUGGGGGUACAAUCUAGGGACUGCUGUUAAUCGCCUUCGGAUCAAGCUGGAGAAUAAGUCACCACUCUCCACUGAGUUUAAGGAGGAACUGGAGACGCUGGACUUCGCGAGGAACGCGUCCCAAUACAAGUGGGAUAAUAUCGUCCUGCCGGCGCUCAAGAGGUUUCAUCAAGUGCACGAGCAUGCAGAUGUCCCCCAAGAAUUUGUCGUCCCGACCAAUGACGAAACUUGGCCGAGACUGACAUGGGGUUGCCGACUGGGAAACACGGCCCACAGCAUUCGACGGAAGGAAGCGUAUACCGUCCAAGUGGCCAUGUCAAAGGAAGAGCUGGACAGGAUCGAGUUCUGCUACGACAUUUCGAUUAUUGAACGUGACUGGACGAAGAAGGUUCUGCCGUCGUUGCAAGUGUAUCGGCGAGAGUUUGGCGAUUGCCUCGUUCCCACGGCGUUUGUUGUUCCAGCAUGUCCUCCAUGGCCAGAGAAGGCGUGGGGAAUGACACUUGGAAUCGUUGUAAGCAGAUGUCGCAUUGGUGGCGGCUACGCGGAGCAGGCAACUCGAGACAGGGAGGUGCUAGAUGCUCUCGGUUUUGUGUGGAACCGUAGUGACGCGGUGUGGGACGAGAGCAUUAUGCCAGCUCUUAAAACGUUUGUGGAUGUCUACAAAAAUGGCCACGUCCCUCAUAAAUUUGUUGUUCCGUCUCAAGCCCCUUGGCCUGAGCGAGCGUGGGGAAUGGCGCUAGGAAAAGUGGUGAGCAGAUGUCGCAUUGGUGACAGCUACGUGGAGCAGGUAACUCGAGACAGGGACGUGCUUGACGCCUUAGGUUUUGUGUGGAAC